AUGGCCGACCGCCUGGCCUCUAGCGCUGGAAUCAGUCCUCGUGCUGUCCUUGUGGAACCCUCUCCAUUCAAAGCCCCUCUUCAACUGCCCCCGCCCCUCACCACCUCCAAGACAGAGAUUCUGGGUUCUUGCAACUGCAGCCCCUCAGAGAGUGGAACCCUGACUAACACAGCUUCCUUCUUCGGUGAGAACCACCUGGAGGUGUCUGUGGCCACGGCUCUGACCGACAUAGACCUACAGCUGCAGUUCUGCACAUCCCAACCUGAAGCCCUCCUUCUCCUGGCAGCAGGCCCAGCUGACCACCUCCUGCUGCAGCUCUACUCCGGACGCCUGCAGGUGAGACUUGUCCUGGGCCAGAAGGAGCUGAGGCUGCAGACCCCAGCAGAAAUGCUGCUGAACAACUCCAUCCCCCACACUACUGUGCUGACUGUCUCAGAGGGCUGGGCCACAUUGUCAGUUGAUGGGUUUCCGAACGCCUCCUCUGGUCCUGGGAGCCCCCUAGAGGUUCCCUGUGGGCUCUUCGUUGGGAGCAUUGGGAGCCUUGGCCUGCCCUACCUGAGGGGAAUCAGCUAUCCCCUGAGAGAUUGCCCCUAUGCAGCCACCCUCAAUGGCUGCAGCCUCCUCUGGCCUCUGACCCCCGACAUGCGUGAGGGCUGUGCUGAAGAGUUUUCUGCCAGUGAGGAUGUGGCCCUGGGCUUCUCUGGGCCCCCCCACUCUUUAGCUGCCGUCUCUGCCUGGGGCACUCAGGAUGAAGGAACCCUGGAGUUGACACUACAGAGCCAGCAGGCACCCUUGGCCUUCCAGGCAGGGGACCCGCAUGGGGACUUCAUCCAUGUGGACAUAUUUGAGGGCCACCUGUGGGCCAUGGUCGAGAAGGGCCAGGGUACUGCAUUGCUCCUCAGCAGUGUGCCUGUGGCUGACAGGCAGCCGCACAAGAUCAGUGUCCACAUCAACAUUCACCAGCUGGAAAUCUCCAUGGACCAGUACUCCACAUGUACUUCGAACCGAGGAGUCCUCAGCUACCUGGAGCCACGUGGCAGUCUCCUUCUUGUGGGGCUGGUUGCAGAGGCCUCUUGUCACCUCCAGGAAUACCGCCCCAGACCUGACAUGAGCCGCCAAUGCCUCCCUGCUGAGGGCUGCAUGGAAGACCUCAGUGUCAAUGGCCAGAGGCGGGGGCUGCGGGAAGCCUUGUUGACACACAACAUGGCGGCUGGCUGAAGGCUGGAGGAGGAGGAGUAUGAGGAUGAUGCCUGUGACCAUGAUGAAGCUUGCUCCAUGCUAGCCACCAAGGCUUGGCUGGCCAUGGAGCUAGCUGAGCCAUGCGUGCCUGAGCUAGGGCUGCACCCUGUUGCUAAUUUCACCCAGCUGUUGACUAUCUGCCCACUGGUGGUGGCUGAGGGUGGCACAGCCUGGCUUGAGUGGCAGCACGUGCAACCCAUCCUGGCCCUGAUGGAGGCCGAGCUGCGCACAUCCCAGGUGCUGUUCAGCGUGACCUGAGGGGCAUGCUAGGGCGAGCUUGAACUGGACAUCCCGGGUGCCCAGGCAUGAAAAAUGUUCACCCUCCUGGACAUGGUGAACUGCAAGGCCUGCGUCAUCCACGAUGGCCCUGAGGACACCUCUGACCAGCUGGUGCUAGAGGUGUCAGUGACGGCUCUGGUGCCCAUGCCCUCAUGCCUACGGAGGGGCCAAAAUGACCUCCUGCCCUUCUAGGUUCACCCUGUCAGUGACCCACCCGGCAUCAUCUUCCCACGUGGCAGCCUCAUGGUGUUCCUGGAACACACACAGAAGCCACUGGGGCCUGAGGUUUUCCAGGCCUAUGACCUGGACUCUGCCUGUGAGGGCCUCGCCUUCUAGCUCCUUGGUACCCCCUCUGGCCUCCCCGUGGAACACUGAGACCGUGGACAGCCUGGGGAGCCGGUGACCGAGUUCUCCUGCCGGGAGUUGGAGGCCGGCAGCCUAGUCUAUGACCACCGCGGAGGCCCUGCACAGCACUUGACUUUCUGGAUCAGCAAUGGACUGCACCCCCACCGCCUGGCCACGCUGAAGGUGGUGGCUGUCCAGCUGCCCAUACAGAUCCACCACAGCACAGGACUGUGCCUGGCCCCGGGCUCUGCCAUGCCCAUCUUGCCCACCAACCUGUUGGUGGAGAGCAGCGCCGUGCGGCAGGAUGUGAGCGUGCUGUUCCGCAUCGCUGGAGCCCUGCAGUUCAGGGAGCUGCAGAAGCAGGGGGCUAGUGGGGUGGAGGGUGCUGAGUGGUGGGCCACACAGGCAUUCCACCAGCAGGACGUGGAGUAGGGCUGCGUGAGGUACCUGAGCACCGACCCACAGCACCACGUCGAGGACACUGUGGAGAACCUGGAUCUGGAGGUGCAGGUGGGCUGGGAAAUCCUGAGCAAUCUGUCCUUCUCAGUGACCAUCCAGAGAGCCACAGUGUGGAUGCUGCAGCUGGAGCCACUGCACACUCAGGACACCCAGCAGGACACCCUCACCACAGCCCACCUGGAGGCCACUCUUUAGGAGGCAGGCCCAAGCCCUCCAACCUUCCACUGUGAGGUGGUUCAGGCUCCCAGGAAAGGCAGCCUUCAACUACAGGGCACGAGGCUGUCACGCAGCCAGGGCUUCACCCAGGAUGAUGUACAGGCUGGCCAGGUGACCUGUGGGGCCACGGCACGCACCUCAUUGGCAGUGGAGGACACCUUCUGUUUCUGUGUCACAGCUCCACCAUAUUUCUCCCUGCUCUGUACCUUCUCCAUCCAUACUGGCGGUGACCCAGACAUGCCUGUCCUCACCAGUGUCCUCGUGGCUGAGGAUGAUGAGGGUGUCCUCUCUACUGACCAGCUCUUCCAGAGUCUCAACAGUGCCAGGUACCUCUAUAAGGUCAUGGAGGGCACCCGCCAUGGGAGGUUGACUUGGCAUGGGACACAGGACAAGACUACUAUGGUGACAUCCUUCACCAAUGGAGACCUGUUGUGUGGCCAGCUGGUCUACCAGCAUGAUGAUUCUGAGAUCACAGAAGGUGAUAUCCCAUUUGUUGCUACCCGCCAGGAUGAGAGCAGUGGUGACAUGGCCUGGGUGGAGGUACGGGGUGUCUUCCAAGUGGUCAUCCAGCCCGUGAAUGACCACGCCCUGCAGAUCAUCAGCCACGUCUUCCAUGUGGCCCGGGGUAGGUGGCGGCUGCUGACUACAGUCGACGUGGCCUUCAGCAGUGCUGAUUUGGGCUUUGCUGAUGCCCAGCUGGUACUAACCCACAAGGACCUCCUCUUUGGCAGUAUCAUGGCCGUGGAUGAGCCCAUGCAACUCAUCUACUGCUUCAUCCAUGAGGACCUCAGGAAGAGGUGAGUCCUGUUUGCGCACUUGGGCUGACCACGCUGGAUCCAGCUGCAGGUGUCUGAUGGGCAGCACCAGGCCACCACUCUGCUGGAGGUGCAGGCCUUGGAGCUCUACCUCUGUGUGGCCAAUGGCUGUGGACUCAUGGUCCCUCAAAGAGGCCAGGGUACCAUCAACACGGCUGAGCUCCACCUGGACACCAACCUCGACAUCCGCAGAGGGGAUGAGGUCCACUACCACAUCACGGAGUGUCCUCGCUAGGGACAAUUGCUCCGGGCCACUCAGCCAGCCACAGUCGUCUCCCAGCAGCACUUGCUGAAUGGGGCCGUUCUCUACGGCCACAAUGGCAGCCUCAGACCUCACAGCACCCUGGCCUUCUCAAUGGAAGCAGGGCCAGUGCACACAGAUGCCACACUACAAGUGACUGUCGCCCUAGAGGGCCCACUAGCUCCACUGAAGCUGGCCCGGCACAAGAAGAUCUACAUCUUCCAGGGAGAGGCAGCUGAGAUCACAGGGGACCAGCUGGAGGCAGCCCAGGAGGCAGCCCAGAAGGCAGACAUCGUUUUCUCAGUGAAGAGCCCACUGAGUGCCAGCUACCUGGUGAUGGUUUCGCCUGGCGCCUUGGCAGAUGAGCCACCCAGCCUGGACCCCAUGCAGAGCUUCUCUCAAGAGGCGGUGGACGCAGGCAGGAUCCUGUACCUGCACUCCUGCCCUGAGGCCUGGAGCAAUGCCUUCUUGCUGGUUGUGGCCUGCCUGGGCGCUCCCCUCAAGGACGUAUCGUAGAGCCAGAGGUGCUGCCCACUGUCAUCCCCACCGGGAGUGCAAAACUUCAGCGUCCCCGAGGGUGGCAGCCACACCUUGGUCCCUCCACUGCUCCGCAUCACCGGGCCCUACUUCUCCACUCUCCCGGGCCUUGGCCUGCAGGUUCUGGAGCCAUCCUGGCAUGGGGCCCUGCGGAAGGAAGAUGGGCCUCAUGCCAAGACCCUCAGCGCCUUCUGCUGGAGAGAGCCCUGGGCCUGCCCCUCGGUGGAAGAGCAGCUGAUCUGCUGUGUGCACGAGGGGAGCGAGACACUGACAGACAGUUUUGUCCUGAUGGCUAACGUCUCGGAGAUGGACCGCCAGAGCCAUCCUGUGGCCUUCACUGUCACCAUCCUGCCUGUCAAUAGCCAAUCCCCCAACCUCACCACAAACUCAGGCCUGCAGAUGUCAGAGGGGGCCACUGUGCCCAUCCCAACAGAGGCUCUGAGGAGCAUGGAUGGUUACUCUGGGCCCAAGGACCUGGUCUAGACCACUGAGCAGCCCAGCAAUGGGCGGGUGGUGCUGUGGGCGGUGCCAGGCACCGAGGUGUGCAGCUUCACGCAGGCCCAGCUGGACGGCAGGCUUGUGCUGUUCUCACACCGAGAAGCCCUGGACGGAGGCAUCCACUUUGGCCUCUCUGACGGUGAGCACACUUCCUCUAGACACUUCUGAGUGACGGCCCAGAAGCAAGUGCUCCUCUCGCUGGAGGGCAGCCCGACACUGUCUGUCUUAGUGGGGUCCGUCCAGCCACUCAGCAGCCAGAGCCUCAGAGCCAGCUCCAGUGCAGGCACCAACCUCCAGCUUCUGCUCUACUGUGUGGUGCGGGGUCCCCAGCUAGGUCGGCUCUUCCAUGUCCAGCAUGACAGCACAGGGGAGGACCUGGUGAACUUCACUCAACCAGAGGUAAGGGCCCCACUCUGCAGCCACCGCUCAGAUGCCCCCAGCCUCAGGUGGCCGCUGUGCCAUGGACAUCAUGUGGACAUGGGCACCAGCUCCAGCAUCACUGUCAGCAGACACUCCCGGGCCUACCAUGGUCCAGGCCCUGGUGUCCUGCCCUCCAGGAGCUAUCUGGCUGGCAGAGCAAGUUCAUCUUCCCAGAAUGAGGGAGAAGGAUGCAGGAAGGGCUCCAAGUCCAGCCACCGUCCCAGCAGGGCCCAGCACCGCAGCCAGUGCGGCACAGGCAUCAGGUCCCCACCUUCUUCCCCGAUUGCCCACGCUCAGACCACAGAGUUCAUCAUCUUGGAGCUGCCGGCCAGUCUGUACUCAUGUGGGGACCAGAACACACGGGUGGAGCAGUUGGCAGAAGAGGCACAGCGGCGCGACGAGAUGCUGCGCAUGCACCGCAUGCUGAAGGAGGUGCUCACCGUCAUCCGGGACAUCAACACGACCACCGUGAGCCUGCCCAUGAGCCUGCAGGUGGACGACUCCUGGCUGCAGGUGCAGAGCGUCCUGGAUGAAGGCAGAUACCAGGGCCGGUCCCCACGGCCCCAAAGUCCCCCAGCCUGGGCCGCCGAGAGGAGUGCCAAGGGGGCAGUGGCGUGGCCCCUCACCAGGGUGGCUCCCACCUGGAGUGAGAGGCGGAGCUUGCCAAGGAGCACUGGCUGCGGGGUGGGGUGGAGCGGAGCUGGGCUGUUGGGGCUGCUGGGGCGGGGCUUCAACUCUGGCGACCUCAUUGGGGCCUGGCAGGGAGGAGCUUCCGUGCGUGGGUCGCCCAAGUCCAAGCCCCGGGAUGCCCAGCCCCCGCCAUGUCCCCAGCCCAGCCUGGGUUGCGGGCCAGCUUCUGGGCUUCCUCCUGCUGGUCUGCCCUUGGGGCAGUGCCACCCCAUAUCCUCCAGACCAGAGGCUUCCCCUGAUCCCUUCGAGCCUACUCGCCAGGUGCUCUCAUGCCCCACUCGGGAUCACCAAGCUGUCCCCACCCCGCCCCAUCCCCCUCACCCCUCAUCCCUCAUCCCCGUGCGCCCCGUGCGCACCCAUUUCUGCUGGUACAAUGAGUCCAGAGCAUGCGCGCGCUUCCGGCCGCCCCCUCCUCGCCUUGACCCAGCACUGCUGGACCCGUGUGGUCUGUUCCUCACACUCACGGACUGGAGGCUCUGGGCAGCACAACCACCAACUCUGCACCAGCCAUGUGCGUAG